GUCUCCCCUGCUCACCUUCUUGCGCCGGAAGAAGGGAACGCCGGCGACUCCGGGCGGAAAAUGGCGGAGCAGCCGGCGCCCGCGGCGGCCUCCACGGAGCAGACGGACGCGGAGAGGUUGGACUCCCUGGACCGGAUGCUCACGCGGCUGGCCCUCGCCGACGACGCCCGCCUCGCCGCGGUGCUCGCCCGCGUCCUCCCCUACGCCAUCACCUCGCUCGCCUCCCCCGCGCCUGCCGUCCGAAAGCUCGUUAUGGAAAUUCUCAGCCACAUUAACAAAAGGGUGAAGCACAGGCCUGAGAUUUCACUGCCAAUGCUGGAUUUAUGGAAAAUUUAUACAGAAUCUGCUUCCUCAACAAUUGUCCGGAACUUCUGUGUCGUAUAUAUUGAGAUGGCGUUUGAACGCCUCCCAACAGAGGAGAAAGGAAACAUCGCGCCUGAUUUUUUGACCAAUAUAUCAAAUGUUCCAGCUCAGCAUCAAGGGAUCAUCUUGAGACUUGUGACAAAGGCUAUCGGUGAAUGUAGCAUACAUAAGGUGGAUGACACUAUUGCUUCAAAAUAUCGAGCAAUAACUGAAUCCAAUGAUGGUCUAGUAUUUGCUGACUUCUGCUUUCACACAUUAUUGUAUCAAACACCGCCUCAGGGUAUUGGAUGUCCAUCAGGACUUUCAGUUGCACAAUCAGAUCGUGUUACUGGAAAACUACCACUAAAAGGCGACAUACUUGCAUCAAGAAAGCUAGGAAUCUUGAAUGUCAUUGAAGCUAUGAACUUUGCACCUGAGAUUGUCUACCCUCUUUAUUUAUCUGCUGCUUCAGAUAGUCAAGAAUCAGUUUCUAAGAAAGGAGAGGAGUUGUUAAAGCGCAAAGCAUCAACUGUGAAUUUAGAAGAUCCCAACCUCAUCAAGAAACUGUUCACGCUGUUCAAUGGUACUGUGGGUGCAGAAAAUAUAGCUGCAGAGCUGAAAGUUUCCCCAGCACAUGCUUCAUUGCGUAUGCGGCUUAUGAGUGUUUUCUGCCGAUCAAUCGCUGCAGCAAAUGCAUUUCCACACACACUUCAAUGUAUCUUUGGCUGCAUCUAUGGAAGCGGAACUACUUCAAGGCUGAAGCAGUUGGGAAUGGAGUUCACUGUGUGGGUUUUCAAACAUGCAGUAACCGACCAGCUAAAGUUAAUCGGUCCAGUUAUCCUUAGUGGAAUAUUGCGCUCCCUUGAUGGUUCUUCCACUACAGAGACAGAUUCUACAGCUAGAGACACCAAAAUAUUUGCAUACCAGGCUAUCGGUUUGCUGGCUUCUCGAAUGCCAAAUUUAUUCAGCGAUAAAACCAACAUGGCUAUACGACUCUUUACUGCUUUGAGACUGGAGGAUCAAUCUCUUCGUCUGACGAUUCAGGAGGCGGCUACGUCCCUUGCUGCAGCAUAUAAGGGUGCUUCAAUGAUAGUACUGAAGAAUCUUGAGGUGCUUCUUCUGGAAAAUUGUGAAGUGGAGCAAAGUGAGGUUCGGUUUUCUGCUAUAAGAUGGGCAACGACAUUAUAUGAUACACAACACUGCCCAAGCCGGUACAUUUGCAUGAUUGGGGCUUCAGAUGUGAAACUGGACAUAAGGGAAAUGGCUCUAGCUGGUCUGAAUCUUCUAAAUGAUUUGAGGCAAUCAUCUGCGGGAUCUGUUGAUUUCAAAUAUCCUGAUGUUACAGAGAUGCUAAAUUAUAUCUGCCACCAGAGACCCCAGUUGUUAUGUUCUGAUGACCAGAGAAAUGGAAAAUUGCUUUUUCCUUCAAAAACAUUUCUUUCAAUGAUCAAGUUUCUGAUGAAGUGCUUUGAGUCUAGUGAUAGCCCUAAUCUUGUGAAAGAAGAUCCAUCUCAUUCUCCGGUAGCAAAAAUGUGUAUCAUCUUAGAAAAUGCCAUGUCAUAUGAAGGGUCUAGUGAACUGCAUGCAUUGGCCUUGAAGUCAUUGGUUGAUCUUUCCUCUCGUGAACCAGAGUUGGUGUCAUUGCGGUAUGCAGACCGCAUACAAUGGCUAAGAGGUCUAUUGGCUCAUGUUGAUUCUGAUGCUCGUGAAGCUGCCGCGCGUCUGCUUGGUAUUGCUUCUUCAGCUCUUUCAAGCUCUGCCGCACUAACUCUUCUGUCUGAGUUCACUUCAACACUUAAUCAAAACCGCCCAACAAGAUUUGAAAAUUAUCAUGGAGUGUUAUGUGCGAUCGGAUAUCUAACUGCUGGCUGUUUGAAGCAAUCUUAUAUACCUGAAGAAAUGGUAAAAAAUGCAGUUGAUAUUCUUGUAAAAGUUGUCGACUCUGAAGGUUCGGCAUUAGCAUCCGUUGCAAUGGCAUCUCUUGGUCAUAUUGGUCUGCGUUGUACGCUGCCUUCCAUCAACCAAAACUCUUCUACAGGUGCUCUAUUAACCAUUCUGCAUGAGAAGCUGACUAAGCUGCUUUCUGAAAAUGAUACUAAGGCUAUACAGAAAAUUCUGGUAUCAUUGGGGCACAUAUCUUGGAAUGAGAUGUCCUUUCCGCACCUUAAUAAUGCAUUGGACUUGAUUUUCAGUCUUUCGCGUUCUAAGGUAGAAGAUGUGCUUUUUGCUGCCGGGGAGGCUCUAUCUUUCAUAUGGGGAGAAGUUCCUGUGACAGCAGAUGUGAUACUGGAGACAAACUUUGUUUCCCUUUCCCAGGCAACAAACUACCUUACUAGUGAUGCGCCUCUAGUCUCGAGUAACUCCUAUGAAAGAAGUGAUUGUGAAGAAGCACACGCAAUGGCUCGAGAAGAAAUUAUCAAAAAGUUGUUUGAGACACUAAUUUUUAGUAGUAGAAAAGAAGAACGCUGUGCUGGUACUGUCUGGUUGGUCUCUCUAACAAUGUACUGCGGUCGACAUCCAAAGAUCCUAGAACUACUUCCGCAAAUCCAGGAAGCUCUUUCACAUCUCCUUGGUGAUCCAAAUGAGCUUACACAAGAUUUGGCAUCCCAAGGCAUGAGCAUUUUGUAUGAGCUUGGUGAUGCAUCUAUGAAAGAGCAGCUUGUUCAUGCUCUUGUGAACACACUGACUGGCGCCGCCAAAAAGAAAAAAGCUAUUAAGUUGAUGGAGGACUCUGAGGUCUUUCAAGAAGGCGCAAUUGGCAAUAAUCCUACUGGAGGGAAACUUAGCACCUACAAGGAGCUGUGUAGCCUUGCCAAUGAGAUGGGGCAACCUGACCUCAUAUACAAGUUCAUGGAUCUAGCUAAUUAUCAGGCUGCUCUCAAUUCCAAGAGGGGCGCUGCUUUUGGAUUUUCCAAGAUAGCCAAACAAGCUGGCGAGGCACUUCAACCUUAUCUGAAUGCCUUAAUUCCUAGGCUUGUCCGUUACCAAUACGAUCCUGACAAGAACAUCCAGGAUUCAAUGGCACACAUCUGGAAGUUAAUUGUCUCAGAUCCAAAAAAGGCAAUAGAUGAACAUUAUGAUGUCAUAGUAGAGGAUUUGUUGGUUCAAUCUGGAUCAAGGCUUUGGCGCUCCCGUGAAGCAUCCUGUCUUGCACUUGCAGACAUCAUCCAAGGUCGAAGAUAUAGUCAGGUUUCAAAGCAUUUGAGAAAAAUAUGGACAACCGCCUUUCGUGCAAUGGAUGACAUAAAGGAAACUGUGCGGAAUGCUGGUGACAGUUUGUGCCGGGCCGUGAGCUCAUUGACAAUUAGGCUUUGUGAUGUGUCACUAACUUCUACUUCUGAUGCAAAUGAGACAAUGAACAUUGCGCUGCCAUACUUGCUUUCUGAAGGCAUACUCAGUAAAGUUUCAAGUAUUCAAAAAGCCUCAAUUAGUUUGGUGAUGAAGCUUGCUAAGGGUGCUGGUCCUGCCCUUCGGCCUCAUCUGGCAGAACUUGUUUGUUGUAUGCUUGAAUGUUUGUCAAGUCUGGAGGAUCAAAGAUUGAAUUACGUCGAGAUGCAUGCAGGAAAUGCUGGCAUCAAAACAGAUAAGCUUGAAAGCUUGCGUAUAGCUGUGGCUAAAGAUUCUCCAAUGUGGGAAACCCUUGAUAUAUGUAUAAAAGUUGUUGACACGAAUUCACUUGAUAUAUUGGUUCCUCGCCUGGCCCAAAUGGUUAGAUCAGCUGUUGGUUUAAAUACAAGAGUUGGUGUUGCUAGCUUCAUCACCUUGUUGGUACAGAAGGUCAUGAUUGACAUCAAACCAUACUCAACAUUGUUAUUGAAGUUACUGUAUACUGCUGCUCUGGAGGAAAGGAGUUCAGCAGCAAAAAGGGCCUUUGCGUCCUCUUGUGCUACUGUUUUGAAAUAUGCUAGCCCCUCCCAGGCUCAAAAGCUUAUUGAAGACACUACCUCUCUGCAUUCUGGUGGGAAAAAUGAUCAGUUAUCUGGUGCAAUUCUUAUUAAAGCCUACUUGAGCAAUGCAGCAGAUAUUCUUGGUGGAUAUAAUGCAGUGGUUGUCCCUGUAAUUUUUGUGUCAAGAUUUGAUGAUGACAAAGACACCAGUGCCUUAUAUGAAGAACUUUGGGAGGAUAUUCCUAGUAGUGAAAGAGUAACCCUAACACUGUAUUUACCAGAAAUUGUAUCUCUUUUGUGUAACUGCAUGUCAUCGUCAGCGUGGGCUGGUAAAAGAAAGUCAGCCAAGGCUACAAAGAAGCUAUGUGAUGUUCUUGGAGAAUCCCUUUCGGCUCACCACCAUAAUAUUCUCGAAUCACUUUUGAAAGAAUUGCCAGGUCGAUUCUGGGAGGGAAAAGAUUCUAUUCUGGAUGCACUGGCUUCAUUGUGUUCCUGCUGUCAUGCUGCUAUAAUAGCAGAAGACUCCAGCUUGCCAAGUGUUAUACUAGAUGCUGUUUGUGCUGCAUGCAAUAAGAAAACAAAACUGUACCGGGAAGCAGCUUUCUUGUGUUUACAGAAGGUGAUCACAGCAUUCAGAGAUCCAGGAUGUUUCAAUAGUGUUUUUCCUAUGCUGUACAAGGUUUGCAACCAAUCUGUCACUUGUAAGGCAAAGGGUUCAUCUUCAACUACUUCAUCUGCUGGUGCUGAACAAGAUGAAAGCGAAGGUGCCUCCGUUUCUCUAGAUAAAGUGCUCAAUUGUGCCAUGGCUUGCAUCAGUGUUGCUUUUCCACAUGAUAUUAUCAGUCAAAAGGAAAAUGUUUUAGAAGUAAUAUUGAAUUCUCUCUCACCUGAGGAGAGUUGGCAGGUUAAAUUGUCGUCCUUCUCAUGUGUCAAAGAGUUGUGCCGCAAGUUUCAGAGUUCCGAUGAUAGUGACACAUGGCCUCAAGACACAGCUUCCUUGGUUCAGGAGCUAUUUCAUUUGGUGUCGGCAAAAGUAGUAGACUCAAUACGCUUAAUUAAGAUUGCUCAGGUCCAUACUGCUGCUUCAGAGUGCCUUCUUGAGUUGAGCAAACUGUAUAGAGACUUUCCGUUGACAGACAGAACAGAGGCCAAGUUUGAGGAUGAACUUGUUGAGCUCUGCGAGUCUGAAAAAAGUGAACAAGCAAAAGCAUUGUUGAAGGAAUGCCUGGGCAUCGUUAAAACUCUCCCUGGAGUAACCAUGACAACUGAUUAAACACACCUCUGCGAGACAUGUAAAUCUAUACCAGGAAACUACUACCGACGAAAUGACCCUACUGAAUUCUGUGCAGAUUGUAAAUUCAUUCUAUAUGCAAUAUAGUACAGAAUACGGCAAGUUCUCCCUCCCCUUUACGUCACGAGGGUAGGAAAACCCACACGCCUCUGUUGAUUUGCCCAUUUCAUUAUC